AUGACCGCAGUCAUCACAGACCAGGCGCCUCCUAUCCUCAAAGGCCCUUCCGACAAGGAGAAGAAGUAUGACCGACAGCUUCGUCUAUGGGCUGCAAGUGGACAGCAAGCUCUUGAGGAUGCCCACAUUCUACUGCUCAACUCAGGCGCAGGCACUGUUGGUGUGGAGACUUUGAAGAACCUUGUCCUUCCAGGCAUUGGCAAGUUUACUAUUGCAGACAAUGCCACCGUAAAACACGCUGAUCUAGGCGUCAACUUCUUUCUCGACGAAGACUGCCUGGGCAAGCCAAGGUCCGAAUGUUGCGUAAAGCUGCUUCAGGAACUCAAUCCAGACGUCAAAGGCGACUGGUUCCCACGGGAAAAGGGCGAGUCUUUAGAGAGCCUGUUUGGGCACGGACAUAAUUUUACCUUGAUCAUGUACUCCCUCCCAAUCGAAGCCGAGAGUCUUGCUCUCGUCCAAAAGUACGCCGAGAAAAAUCAAGUGCCCCUACUUUCGAUACACUCGGCCGGCUUCUAUUCCUACUUCCGUAUUCAUCUUCCUGGAACAUUCCCCAUCGUCGAUACACACCCUGAAUCUACAGCCACUACAGACCUUAGGCUUCUCACUCCAUGGCCAGAGCUUUCAAAGUUUGCGGCGGAUGUUACGGCUGAUAUUGAAAAUCAAAGCGCCCACGAGCAUGGCCACAUCCCAUACGUUGCGCUCCUCCUUCACUACCUCGGGAAAUGGAAGGACAUCCAUGGAUCACUUCCCUCGACCUACAAAGAAAAGACCGCUUUCAGAGACACUGUCUCUGCCGGAGCACGGAGAGACAACCCAGAAGGAGGAGAGGAAAACUUUGACGAGGCGACAGCUGCUGUACUGAAAACAAUCUCUGCCCCUAGCCUUGCUAGCUCUGUCAAGGAAGUGUUUGAUUACAAGCCUAGUGAGGUAGAAGCUUCCUCGAGUUUCUGGGUCAUAACUGAUGCUAUUAAACAAUUUUACGGAAAGCAUAAUGCACUUCCAUUGCCAGGCUCAGUGCCAGACAUGAAGGCGCAAUCGACCAUUUACGUACAGCUCCAGAACAUUUACAAGGCCAAAGCCCGUCGCGACAUUUCGGAGGUGCUAGAAAUCGUUCGUGCUCACCCAAGUGGCAAAGAUGUUGAAGUGGCGGAAAUCGAAACUUUCUCCAAGAACGCUGCUUUCAUCAAGCUCAUUCGGGGAAUAGAUUCCACACCACCCAGCAUACAAACUAUUGCUAGCCAGGAGUUUGAGAAUGAUAAGACGGCAGAAUUGACAAUGAUGCCUCUGUCACUGCUGCCAAUCUAUCUAUCCCUGAACGCAACAUCACACUUACCUUCUGCAAGCUCAUCUGAUAUUCUUGCCACAGUAGGCAAAGAUGUUCUCGGUGCUUCCGAUAAUCAACGUCUCGUGGAAGCCGCCGAAGAGGUCGCUCGAGCCAAGGGUGGAGAGCUGCAUAAUAUCUCUGCACUGACUGGUGGCAUGGUCGCUCAGGAAGUGAUCAAGAUCAUCACCAAGCAAUAUAUACCCAUCGAUAACACGUGCGUGUUUGAUGGUAUCAUAAGCAGGGCGCAAGUACUGAGAAUCUGA